AUGUACAAUGGCGUGCUAACGCUGAAGCUGCCCAAAGGAGUUGAGAUCGUUGGCUUUGCGGGCGACAUUGUCUUGACGGUAACAGGCGAGACGCUGGAAGAGGUGGAAGUGCUGGCGACCGAGGCGAUCGACAUGAUUGAUUUGCUGACCAACCGGGCUGCAAUUGCUCCUGCGGAUGCCACCGAACUAGGUGCACGGACGCAUCCCAUCGGUUCCAAACCAUCCGAGCAAUGCUCGGCCUUGUCCAACCUUACUCCUGCCCAAAAAAAUGAUAAGAUACGAACCGCUGGAGUGUGCUUCAACUGCCUGCGCAAUGGGCAUCAAUCCAAAGACUGCCCUUCCGACAAGUCGUGCCACAAGUGUCAACGCCGACAACACACGUUGCUCCAUGAUGAUGGGGCACCCCGUCAUGAGAAGAAGUGUAACGUUUCCGUGGAAGCAGUGUCAAACCCGCCCCUGGUUCCGGCUGCUCCGAAUCAACCGAUGUCGGUGCAGACGAUUCGUGCCCCAGUGGAUCCACCGGUGCAACGUUCGGAUCGUGGGAAUCAACGCCUGCGGUCCCUCGCUCGCAACAAGGUGGUGGUCAGGUUCCAGUCCCGUGUAUCCAAUUUCCACGCAAGCCUCGAGUGUCUGGUUACACAGAUAGUGACCGGCACAAUCCCUACAUCGAGAAUAGACAUCACCAAAUGGACGAUCCCUGAGGGGGUAAUCCUAGGUGAUCCCAAGUUCCACAGUCCGAAUAAGGUGGACUUGCUGAUCGGUGGGGAGUUAUUCUUCGAUAUCCUGAAACCUGAUCGGCGGAGCCAAGCCGACGGUCUUCCACAAUUGCGAGACACUUAUCUGGGGUGGAUCGUAGCAGGUGCCAUCAAUAACCAGCUCGUGUCAAACUUGUCGCUCCAAUCCAUCACAGCCGUUGAAGACAUUGAGCAAAGUAUGCACCAGUUCUUGCAAGUCGAGGAGGUGUCAGACGUUCCCAAGCUGUCGACGGAGGAAGCAACAUGCGAAGCCCACUUCCUUUCCACCUACCAACGAGCCGAAACUAGAAGAAUCAUCGUGAAACUACUGUUUAAGGAUAAUCUUCUCCAAUUGGAUAACUGCCGCAGUCUAGUUUUGAAAAGAUUCCUGAUGUUGAAGAAGCGAUUAAUCCGCAACCCCGAGCUGCAAGUUCAGUAUGUGAUCUUCAUCCAGGAGUACGAAGCUCUCGGCCACUGCACCGAGAUCAACGAGUCUGAAGCUCCACCCAACAAGCAACUCUACUAUUUGCCGCAUCACGCAGCGUUACGUCUGUUCAGCUCUAGCUCGAAAUGUCGAGUCGUGUUCGACGGAAGUGCAAAGUUGUCGUCAUCGGAACUUUCCCAGAAUGAUUUUCCUUCGAAUCUUUUGGAAAGAGCACCCAUCGUUACCCCUACGAGCCCUAGAACUCUGUACCGUUACGUACGGUAUGGCUUCGGCACCAUAUCAAGCAACCAGGUGUUUGCGCUGAAGCUCGUCGAGAAGGAUGGCGAGGACUUUCCUGUCGCCGCUCGUAUUGUGAAAAAAGAAACGUACAUGGACGAUGCACUCUCCGCUGCAGACUCGGUGGAGGACGCUAUUGAGGCUCAACAACAACUGAAGCAGAUCAUUGGACAGGGAGGUUUCCCCAUACACAAAUGGUGCUAG